AUGGCGGAAGAAAUUUUUGGUAGUCCGUUUGAGAUCCUGAAGAAGAUCGUUUCUGUGGCGUAUCAAGUGGUUUUACUGCCACAUCUUUCGAACUUGCACGACGUAUUUCACGUUUCGCAACUUCAGAAGUAUACUCUGGACGCGACUCAUGUAUUGGAUUUCGAACUAGUUCAAUUGAAGGAGAAUCUAACUUUUCAAGUUGCUCCGGUUCGGAUUGAUGAUGUAAGCGACAAGAAGCUCCGCAGAAAAGAAGUUCAAUUAGUUAAGGUGGCUUGGAGUCGAUCAGGCAUCGAAGAGCAUACUUGGGAGUUGGAAAUAUACAUGAGGAAGGACUAUCCGCAAUUAUUCACAGGUAACUAA